AUGCCGACCGUCGACCCGUCCCUUCCCAAGAGCCCGCGCCACCCGAUCAACCUUACCAUGAACCUGCGGAUACGCCCGCGUCGGAACGUCGGUUUGGAGGCUGCCGCCUACCAGAUCCUAGUCAACCCGCAAGCAACGAAUGUCGAGAAACGACUAGCACCCCUCCGGGGCCUAGCUCAAACGAAGGUUACGGUCCGCGGACAGAUGUUUGAGCUUGCCGAGUUCAUCGGAUCUGCCCAUGAUUCCGAUAUGAGCUUGUGUAUAGCGAGCUCAGGUCUUGUAGAUAGCACAUUAUUCCAUCGUCGCACCUUCAACUUUUCGUUGCAAUCGAGUCGUUCUACCAUCCACCUGUCAACGAGUGCUUGUCAUCCUCCCGAACCUCUCCAGAACAUCACCGCAAUGAAUCCUGCUGUAGAGAAGUUGCUCGUAACGCUCGUCGACGGGCGCGCCGAAGUCAUUCGCUUCCGCCAGGAUAACCUCAUCAGCCUCCACAACGAGCUGCGCAAAGAGUCCGCGGCCCUGACUGCCGCUCAGGAGAAGGAUACAGGCGCAUCGAAGACAGAGAUCGAGGCCGAGCACUUCCUCGCACUGGAAGCUGUGCGACAUUUCUACGAGUCUCUAAACUUCUCGAAGGAGAUUGAGGCCGAGUAUCUGGUUGCUCAUGGCAAGGACAACACGAGCAGAAGGACCGGUGCCGGACUGGUGAUCAUUCGGCCGACCACUUACACCAGGCUCUUCUCUAUUCUGAGUCCACUUGCUGCGGCCCUGGCUGCCGGCUCUGUUGUUGUUCUCGAGCUCGAAGAUACGUUGUCGCAGCUAGAUUCCGUCCUCCGCAACGUCCUUACGCGUGCCCUCAAUCAGAAUGCCUUCUGCAUCGCCAAGAAGAUCACAGACGAAACAUUACUGUCACAGGCAAUCCUAGUAGAUCAAACCAACACAGCGACCCCGAACGCUAGUCGCGCAAACCAUCUCAUUUCCGCCAAUGGCGCACGCACCGUUGCUAUAGUUGACCGAACAGCGGACAUUGAGGCCGCUGCCAAGGCUAUCACGGCGGCGCGCUUCAGCUUCGGCGGUCAGUCGCCUUAUGCGCCAGACUUAGUUCUCGUGAAUGAGUUCGUGAAGAAGGAGUUCUUUGAGGCGUGCUCAAAGUAUGCCUCGCUCGCGUUUGCCCGUGAGACUACAGUAAAGCGUGCGAGUGACAGCGCCAGCGACGAAACGAGGAAGGCAGUACAGGAGGCUGAGGACAAGAGACUUGCCUCGAGCUUUGGGUCCAAGGACUUCAAGCUGGUUGAUAUACAAGACAGGAAUGCCUCCCUCUUGAACAUCAAGAUCAGUGGGCGCUUUCUGCCUAUCACGACCUCUUCUGGUCUUGUAGACUCUAUUUACACUCAUGAAUUCGAGAACCCUCUCUUAGCCGCCUAUCUCUUCGCCAGCCCUGAUGCAGCAAAGUACCUCUCCCAAUUUCUCCCCGCCCACGUCUCCGUCAUCAACCAGAUCCCCUCGAACCUCCUCCUCGGCCCGGCAGCACCGCUCUCCCACGACGUAGCCUUUGAAUUCCGCUACAGUAGAGAAAUGUUCUCCGUUGCCCGGCCGCAUUUCGUCGAGAAGCCCGUCGGCGCGCUCGCGAAACUGGAGCAGCUCCUCACCAGCUCUGGCGCCAUCACCGCCCAGAAUCUGCAUGCCCUGGCUGUCGCACCGCUGCGCCCGACCAACCAGCCAGGCAAUAGCAGACUGGGUUUCUUCGAGCAAGGGUUCGUGCUGGGUGCCGGUCUAAUCAUGAGCGUUGUACUUCCGAGUCUUGCAUACGGCACAUGGAUUGGCGGAAGGCGGUUGGAAAACAGACUGAGGUUGAACCCUGUCACGCCUGUCAGAGUCCCGAACACACCACUUGCCUACCUUUACCUUAGCAAACAAUAUUCGGCAACUUUCCCCGGCUCGGGUUCGGCUCGGGAAGUGGAGAGACUCCUAAGUGCCCGCCCCGGCCCCAUCGGCCCCAGCUUUACCCCAGGUCUUGGUCCCGCUGAUUCUCCGACACUCCAGCGCCAACACCACCUACUCCAAGCUCGGGCAGGCCACCCAGGCAUCCUCGACAAUGGAAGGCUUUAUCAUCCUCAGACCAGUUUCCGUAAAUGGGGCCGUUCGAAUCGACUUCCUAACGAACUUUGGCGGCAAAACCUAUCCUCCACCAGCCGAUUCCUUACACAGGCGAAAGAUAACCAUCUCAGUGUCUUAAGUCUCAUCAGCUUCCGAGUGCUAAGAAGGCGGCUUUCGACCGUUGCUCAUCUUCGUGACCCAUACUCCGCUGCCUCAGACGGACGAGUUGAGAACCCAGAUAGCAAUCAGAUCAUGGCGGUGGGAUCCAAAGAUGAGGGGCCAAUGAACCCCGUUUUCCUGUUCGCGCAUGGAUCAACAAUGAUGCUCGGCGAGGAGAGCAACUCGGCCACGUACUGGAAGAAGUGCGGCGAUGAAGCCCUCGCCCAGGGUAUCGAACACAUUGUCAUGAUGGGAGCCCACUGGGCCACAAACGCCCCCGGUGAGGUCCUCAUCUCAGCCCACCCAACGCCCGCAAAGUCACCAGUCGCCUACGUUAACCCUGAGAAAUACCACCCCUACAAACUGAACCCAGACCUCGACUACAUCCCCACGAUCCAGCAGCACCUCGCCGCCGCCGGAAUCCCCGCCAAGACGGACCCGACCUUUGACUGGAUCCACGACACCUACCUCGUCCUCAUCCGCAUGUUCCCCGCCGGCUGCCCGCCGACGACCCUCAUCUCCAUGAACGACUUCUACGACCCGCACUUUCACGUCGCCGUUGGCGCCGCCCUGCGGCCCCUGAGAGCCGCCAAGCACAAGACGCUCUUCAUCGGCUCUGGCGGCUCCGUCCACAACCUCUACCGGAACAACUGGGCGCCCAUGCUCAAGUUCCGCGACAAUUUUGCCCAGCCUACGCCCCCGGAGCCCUGGGCGCUGGACUUCCGCCAGGAGGUCAUUGACGCCUUUUGUCCCGCGUACGAGGAGGACGUCCCCACCGACCAGGCCGUCUACGGCAAGGCCAUCCGCGGCAAGAAGCCGUGCGGCGGGCCGCUCUUGAGGCGCAAGGUGACGAGUUUGAUGAAGCAUCCCAUGUACCGCGAGGCGCAUGCUACGGAUGAUCAUUUCAUGGCCACCAUGUUCAUCGGAGGCUUGUGCGGAGACCGGAGAGACGUGGCGAUGAAGGCUGAGAUGGGGGCCGAGGAUUGGGAGCUUACAAAUAUGUGCAACUCACAGUUCAUUAUUGGUAGCUGGCCGGAGGCCAAAUGA